AUGACGACAAGAGUGCCUACUGUUUUGUUUGAAACAGAGAAGGGGGCAGACGCCCAGCUUUCUUCCUCAAUUAAUUCUUCAGUUACUGGCUCCUGCAAUAUUGACGAGUCCUACAAGUACAUCUUCCUGCCAAUUUGCUACUCCUUUACCUUUGUCUUCAGCAUAACCCUUAACUUCGUGGUUCUUUACCGUUCCUUUCGACGCACCAGACGCUGGAAUGCAUCGCUGAUUUACAUGGUGAACCUGGCCACGACAGACUUCAUGUACGGUUUAUCCCUGCCUUUCCUGGUGGCUAGUUACGUCAUGCGGGACGACUGGGUGUUCGGAGACUUCAUGUGCCGCCUAGUGCGCUUCCUCUUUUACUUCAACCUCUACUGCAGCAUCUUCUUUCUCACUUGUAUCUCAGUGCACCGCUACCUGGGCAUCUGUCACCCCAUGAAGACCAUCACCUUGGAGACCAAGCGAGCCGUGAAGGGGACUUGCGUUUUGGUGUGGAUUGCUGUUUUUGCACUAACAUGCCCAAUUUUUCGCUUUGCACAGACGCAGUAUCUUCCACGUGAAGGUAAGGGCACGAGGGAGGAGGUGUUCAAUAAUUGCUGGGAUGAUGCCAUUGAUAGAGAGUUCCACGAUUACAUCCCUUACGGUGUCACUCUUCAUUUCUUGGGUUUUUUUGCACCAUUUAGCAUCAUUGCCUGGUGCUACUCACGUGUAGUGUUAACUAUAUUUCGGUCGCUGCACUCUAAACCUCCUCCUCAGAGAGUCAGGAGUGGGACGGGCUGUGAAAGCGUCGCAGGGAUAGGGGGAGAGGGCAUGUCAAUCAUCUUGGGGGCUCAUUCGCCUUACGUGAACAGGCGUCGCAAGUCCAUCAAGACCAUAAUUACUAUCACUCUACUCUUUGCCCUUUGCUUCUUUCCCUUCCAUGUCACUCGCACCAUUUUCCUGCUCCUGAAAGUGACAAGUAGGGUACAGUGCCACACCAUGCGCAUGGUUUCCAUCUGUUAUAAAAUCACUCGGCCUCUGGCCUCAUUCAACGCCUGGCUGAAUGCACUGCUUUAUUUCCUUACCAAAGAGAAAAAUGGGCCCUGCUGUCAAAAACCUGAACAUGCCCAGCACGGUCUGCUAUGGCCACUCAGAAUGCUGGGAAAAGGAGAGGAAGAGGAGAAUGAAGCUGAGGAGACACGGAACCAUAAGGAAAAUGGGCCAACAGCUGAAAACAAUGCAUACAGAGGUCUGCCUUAAGGAAUGACAAUCUAAACAUGUGACGGCAUAGGACACCAACAAGUGAGCCUUCAUAUGGGAUUCAUUUGAAAUGAACUGUAAUGUUUGGUUAUAUUCAUUGUAUUUGUUAAAAUCAUGUGCAUUCACAUAAAACGUGGAGGAUCUUGUAGUUGUUUUGUCUUUUCGAGACCCCUAACAGAUUGUUUUACUUGUUAAUUGUUUGGAGGGUUAAUUUGUUAUUGAAAAAAUGUUGAUUUAGUGUAUAUAAAUUGCAAAAACAUAUAUAGAGUAAUACACUCAUUUAUAGUUUAUCUUAUUUUUGCAGUUGUUGGCAUACCUCAAGAGUAGAAAUAUUUUGUGCAGGAACUAUGUUUAGUGCUGUCGUAGAUUAAUAUAUCAUGUUGUGAAUAAUUAAACUGUUCUAAUAAACAUUUUUUGAGCCCUGUUUAAAAAGAAAAUCAAAUUA